AUGGCUGAUUUUGGAGAGAUCCUCCAAAACAUUGGAGAUUUUGGACAAUUCCAAAUACUUAAUCUGGUUGCACUUUCCUUUCCAAAUUUUUUCACUGUUGUUCUCAUAGUUAGUUCUCUGUUUAUCCAGUCAGAUCCAGAGCGACACUGUAACACAGACUGGAUCCUCCGUGCUGAUCCUAACCUGACAGCAGAAGUGCAGCUGAACCUGACCGUGCCCUUGGAGCAGGAUGGGACCUACAGCAGGUGUCAGAUGUUUGUCCCUGUCGACUGGGACAUUGAUGCCAUCAGAGAGUUUGGACUCAAAGAAACCACAGGCUGUCAGAAUGGAUGGAAAUACAACAAUACAAUGUACAAGACCACCAUAGUAACUGAUUUUGAUCUUGUUUGUGACAAGUCUCACUUUGUGGAAGUGGCACAAAGUGUAUCCAUGGCUGGUGUUGUUCUUGGUUGUAUUAUUUUUGGACCUUUUGCUGAAUCGUUUGGGCGCAAACGAGGAACUCUAAUUGCACUGGUUUUGAGAUUUUUAUUUACUGCGGUAACAGGACUGUGCCCAAAUGUGUACUUAUAUCUCGUAUCGCAGUUUUUGCAUGGGAUUGGAAGUGGGGGCUAUCGAGUCGGCUCUGUUAUACUGGCUACUGAGUGGAUCGGGGUGAGCAAACGUUCUUGGGCAGCAUGUUUGAGUUUCCUACUUAUAGCUCUUGGGCAGUGUACAUUUGCUGGCAUGAUCUACUUCAUCCGAGACUGGAGACUGGUUCAAUUUAUCACGUCAGCGCUGCUUGGAGCAUUUAUUAUCUGCAUAUGUUUUGUUCCAGAAUCAGCCAGGUGGUUGUUGAGCAGAGGACGGACAGAAGAGGCAAAACAGCUGAUUCGAAAAGUAGCAGCCAUCAACAAACGGAGUGUUGCAGAUGCUCUUCUGGACAAGAUUGCUGUCAAAGAUGUUGUGAACAAAGGAGGCCCAAAAGUUAUUUUCAGAUCAUCUGUACUGGCCAGAUAUUUGUCCAUCAUAGUACUGACAUGGUUUGCACUGAACCUUUCCCUCUUCUGCCUGUACUUUGAUAUGGGAAGUCUUGGCUUGAACAUCUUCCUGACACAGGUCCUGUUUGGUACUGUUGAAAUACCAGGUUCCAUUCUUUGUAUAUGGCUGUUGGAGACUGUGGGGAGAAAGAUGUUGCUCAUGUCAACAGCUCUGACAUCAGUAAUCCUUUCUAUGCUCAUCCUAGCUGUUCAAGGAUAUCCCAUUGCUGCUACAUCAUUAUCUGUAGCAACUCGUUUUUUCCUGAUAUUGGGCCUUGGUACAUGUAACGUCUUUGUUCAGGAGCUGUUUCCAACAUCAGUCAGACAAACAGCCACAGGACUUGGAGCAACAGCUGGCAGAUCUGGAGGGAUGGUUGCUCCCCUGGUUAAUAUGUUGUCCAGGUUCCACUGGGUCAUACCCAUCACUUUCUUCAGCACCCUCUUGCUAAUUGGUGGAUCUCUCUGCUUCAUUCUUCCUGAAACUAGACACAGAGAGCUGCCCGAGUCAACUGAAGAGGCUGAAAACAACAAAAAUCCAGCCUUCAGAGAGAGAGAAAGCUCUUCAUAUCACCUAUCAGUCAUGCAAAAGAUGUUGCCUUGA